AUGGGGCACAUAGUUUUCAAAUACAUAUAUAUAAGCGUGGACCUUGAAAAGUCUUUGCAUUUAACGCUACAAAAGAUUAAUACUCCAUAUAACAACCUCCUCACUCACAUUACACACCAAUUAAACCUCAUUCAUAAAUCUUUGAAUUUCUUCUUCUCCGAUCCUCGCUCAGACAAUAUUAGAAUGGCAUGUUCAUGGAGGCGGCUGCCGGAAGACUGCGUUUCGAGGAUUUUGUCGGCCACGUCUCCGGCGGAUGCAUGCAGAGUGCUGGCCGUGUCCAAGGAAUUCCGACACCCCGCUGACUCCAACGUUGUGUGGGACAAAUUCUUGCCCGCCGAUGCCCAUCGCAUUGUAUCAUCAACUCCAUUGAACUUCUCCUCCACCAAGGAACUCUUUUUUCUUCUGUCUAAUUCCAUCCUUGUAGAUGCUGGCAACAAGGCCUUUGCAUUAGAGAGAUCAACAGGGAGAAAAUCGUACAUUCUUUCUGCCCGAGAGCUUUCGAUUUCUGAUAAUGAUGUGGACGGUAACUGGACCUGGAAAUCCAUCCACGAAUCAAGGUUUGGUGAGGUGGCUGAGCUGAAAGGAGCAGAGAGGGUAGAAAUGGAGGGGAAGAUAAGAAGCGAAAUACUCUCUCCAAACACCACAUACGCAGCAUACCUAGUGUUCAAAAUCAGCGAUGAUGCGUACGGCCUCCACUCCAUACCGUUUGAAACCUUCAUCGCUUCCGGCGAGCGCGUGCUGGCCACGAACACCGCCGCUUUACGCGAUCCACCCCUGCAGGCGCUCUUCUACGGCAACAGGCUGCACAAGAUGAAGGAGAGGCUCAACAGAGGGGACGCCCGCGCCGCCCGUACGAGACACGACGGCUGGCUGGAAAUCGAGGUCGGAGAAUUCUUUGUGGGCGGCGCCGCCGCCGAGAUAACCAUGGGCGUGAUGGAGAUUAAGGGGCAUCAGCUUAAGGGAGGACUCAUUGUCGAAGGAAUUCAUGUCAGGCCUAAGCCCUAACCCCCAAAUUAAUUUUAAUUUCGUUGCCUUUUCUCUCAAAUUCAUUCAUACAACAAUUUGUAGAUGCUUUUCGCGUAAUAUACGCAUGUGUUUUAAAAAAUGUUAAUUAAUUUCGAGUUUUAAUUUCA